GAGGAACUAUUGAAUUCUAAUCAAUAACAUUUGUUAUAUAAAUUUUGAUCUGAUGGAUUUUAAUUGUUUUAUCAAAGAGGCCUUAUUACGGUUUAGCAUCAUCUACUUUUUAUUGGUUAGGGCGUGUCAGUUCCAGUAAAAUUUGACCAAUAGUUAUUCUUCAAGCAGACUCUGUUUACAAAUUGGUGCCGGCUGGUCAUGCCAAGUCAAAAAUUAGCUUAAAUUAAAUAAUUGAUUAUGAAUCAAACCUGAUGUGAUCUCAAAAUGUGUAGAAAUAUUUUUCUCAAAUUGAAAAUCAAGUAUCUUGUAAUAUUCACAACGUUGUUGAUUCUUGUUGCCUUAUAUCAUGUUCUGAGCAGUAUUUAUCCUGCCAAAAACAGUCUGAACAAACAGGACGAAGAGGUCACCAUUCCUACUCUGUUGUGGUGGACACCUUUUACUGGAGAAGAUGGGAUUGUCAAGAAAUGCAAUGUAGGAAAUUUGGAAGCUUCCUGCUAUUUUACCAACAACAGAAACAUCCGUUUGAAUGCUGGAACAAAAGUGGCGCUUCUUUUCUACGGAAGUAGUUUCGCAGCUUGGGACCUUCCCGAGGUCACCAUUGGGAAAAAACCGCUUUGGGCUCUCCUGCACGAGGAGUCGCCGAGGAAUUCUGCACUUCUUCAGCACAAGGACGCACUGAGUCUUUUCAAUUUUUCGGCCACAUUCAGUCGGCACAGCAGUUUUCCACUCACACUCCAACAUUUGACGAGUUUAGAGGACCUUGUUGGGAACGAAUUUUUCGUAUCUUGGAAAGCUAAAACUGAGUACCAGCAAAAACUGGGCCUGGCCCCUGUGGUCUUCAUACAAUCCGACUGUGAUACUUCCACUGACAGAGACACCUACGUGAAAGAGUUGAUGAAAUUUAUCAAAGUUGAUUCUUAUGGUGCCUGUUUACAAAAUAAAAAACUUCCUGAGAGCAUUCGGGAUCCGAUGUUGGCCUUGCACAGCGCAGAGUUUUGGAAAUUUCAAGCUCGUUAUAAAUUUUCUAUUGCAAUCGAGAAUGCCGAGUGUCCGGACUACUUGACUGAGAAAUUGUGGAGGCCUCUUAUUAUAGGCUCAAUCCCUAUAUACUACGGUUCUAUUAGUUUCCAGGAUUGGAUGCCUUUUGAUAAAACAGCCAUAAGUGUUCGUGAUUUUGAUACACCCGAAACAUUGGCAAAGUUUAUAGCAAUGCUUGACAGUGAUGAGGAAAAGUACAUGGGAUAUCUGGAGCACAAGAAACGUGGCAUUGAAGAGAUUGAAAACAAAAACUUGGUUCGUGUUAUGAAAGAAAGAACUUGGAGUGUCGGAAAUCGGCUCUUUAAUAAUUUUGAUGCAAAGACUUUAGUUGAGGAGUUUGAGUGUUUCGUUUGUCAAAAACUUCAUCAAAAUUUAGAAGUUGAUUGGCACGUUGUUAAUGUCAAGCACUGCGAGUGUCCUCCGCCAGUUUCUCCUCUUGAAAAGAGAGAAAUGAAUGAAUCAUUUUGGUAUGAUCAGUGGCAUCAAGGCAAAUUUGAAGCGCAACUUUUAAGAGAAUUAGUUGAGAGCGGAGAAAGAUUGAGCCAGGAGGAAUUUUAUGAAAUUGUGGGUGAAAGGAAAUACAAGGCUUUUAAAAAUAUAUAAGAUGUAUUUAACAUAGUACAAUUUUAAUCAAAUUAUCUGUUUGAAUCAAACAUAUAUUUGAACAAUGAAUUAAAAUUGAACAUUUUUUACUAAUCAAAAAUAAAAAUAUUAUAAUAUGACUAAAACUAA